AUGCGGACGAAUACAACUGGAACCAAUUGGGCAGGCAAAACCCUAAUCCUGGCCCUUUCCUCGCUCCUGGCACCAAAUUUCACCAAAGCGCCAUCGGAGUUAUCCUAUGUCUCCACACCAUCGCUGUCAUCCUCGAAUGCUCUGGCAAUCAGCGCCUCUGUCAAUUCAACUCUCUGCGGUAGUCUUAUCAGGGAAUCACACAAUGUUGUCAAGGCUACGGAAGCCUACGAUUGCUUGAGAACUGUUCCUUUUCAUGCGGGUGUCGCUCGGGAACUUAUUCACUACCUCAACGAGACGAUUCAAUUCCAAAGCACCCUUGCCUACCUAGCGAGUCCUCCUCCUGAAUACCAGCAACCAGCAGUAGAUCUGGUGGCUGGACUUGCUAGUAUUGCGCGCCGGAUUGACGGGGGUAACUUCACCAGCGAGUACGAUUUCGAGACGACUCUACAGAGACUGCUUAAUGACGCCCAUGAUGAUCAUCUCACACUCGAGGGCGGAAUACUCUCUUCGUUCAUUUAUGGAGCACCCUAUGAUAUUGUGUCUUUGUCUUUGGACGGAGUUGAACUUCCAAAGCUCUAUCUCGCUAGUGAGUCAGCCGGCAUUCCGAUAAUUUAUGAUACAAUAUUCAUGGAUUGGGGUACUGAUGCUGAAAUCUUUCAUUUCACAGAUGAGCUACGUACUGCCAAACCGAAGGAACUUUCUGAAAUGCCAUCGCCUAUUGCGACAAUAAAUGGCGAGGACGCUGUGUCAUACAUAACUCGGUUUGCCGCUGUGAAUUCUCUUGGUAAACUUGAGCCACAUGCAGAUUGGAACAUGUUGAUGCGGAGUGGGGCCUUGGAUAGCCAGGGGUUGAUGGAAGUCUUUUUCGGGGGUACAACCACAUAUCCAGGGGAUACCAUCACUAUAGGCUUCGAAGAUGGACAUCAGCUAGGCCCGGAAAAGUGGUUGGCACUUUACCUCGGUCCUCCGAACACUGGGCCCCUGCAGACUGCUGGAGACUUUUACAAUUUCUUUACGUUAGGCCUUAGCCCUGCAUCAUACAACGACACAGCGGAUCCUGCAUCGACUACGUCUGCCAGUGCCACGUCCGACUCGUCGCCAACUGCAACUUCAUCCUCGAAACCGUGGUGGGACGAAGCUUAUCCUACCCCCGAAGCUCUACCGGCAAGCAACUCAGACGAGCAAGGGCUGCCACGAAUAUUUUUUCUGAAUAAGUCAUCAGUGGCGGUUCUUAGUAUCCCCGAGUUCACGAUGAGUUAUGAUCUCCCUGACCUGUUCAUCAGUACUGUCAAGGCUUUCCUUCGGCAUAGUAAGAGCGCAGGCCUCAAGAAAAUCGUGAUUGAUGUACAACAGAAUCACGGUGGAUCACCUCUUCUGGCGAUCGAGGUUUUCAAGCUUUUUUUUCCUCGCAACGAUGUAUUUGCAGGGAGCCGUAGGCGCAUGCACCCAAUGGCAGAUGUUCUGGGCUAUACCCUAACAAAUUACUGGAAUAAUCUGACUAGAGACGAGGAAGCAUACCUGCGAUACUUUCCAAAUGAGUGGGUGAUCUCUACGAGAAUGAAUCCGGAUACCGAGGCGGAUUAUACCUCGUGGGAUGAGUACUCCGAAUCUCCUUAUUCGUAUAACAAGGACCAUUUCACGAAUGUGGAGCGCUACGAUCUUGCAAACACAACCUUCACUGAGGAAGCAGCCGCUAUUGAAAUAGACAAUGUUCAUGGGUCCCAGGCGGCACCCUAUGCCGCUGCUGAUAUCAUCAUCCUCAGCGAUGGGCUUUGCUCAUCGGCAUGUGCAUUGUUCAUGGAACUGAUGCGCCACGAGGCCAACGUCAAGACCGUUGUGGUGGGCGGAAGACCCGACUAUACCCCAAUGCAAGCUCCUAGUGGAACUCGCGGUGCAGCGAGCUACGACAUUGAACGAAUGGAUUAUGACAUCACGGCCGCCUUGUCAAUUGGUGAUUCCGUGGCUGAGCAAUUUCCAACAGAACGGGAGCAUGCUUUCUUCAUCGCUGGAGCCAGUGUUAAUCUUCGAGACCAGAUACUGCGGAACGACAACUCAAAAACACCGCUCCAGUUCAAAUUUGAAAGGGCCGAUUGCAGAAUAUUCUAUACCCCUGAUACCUGGUACAAUUUCACCAACCUCUGGAAUUAUGCUGCAAAAGCGGCUUGGAAAAACUCAACUCUCUGUAUUGAGAAGUCACCAGAUCAUCCAACUCAACCAAGUGCCUCAUCAACAAUCUACGAAGUUGAGGCUACUGAGAGCACUUUUGUCACUUCUGACCUGCUGGAUGAUAAGGGUGAAUUCUCGGCAUCGAUUCAUCUCGACGAUCCCUCCAAUGAUAUUUCCGAUUCUGGAAAAGACAUAGAAAAUCUUAAGGAUUUAGGUAAGCGUUGCAAAGGAAACCAUAAUUGUGGUGGUCGUCUUCAAUGCAUAUCAGUCCCGGUUUGGGAUUCUGAGCUGAAGCCGACGAUGCAACGCCAAUGUACUCGACUAAAAGCAACCGUCCGACUCGGUUUAGGUCUGGAUUCUGUUUUCCCAAGAAGCAGCAGGGGUGCCCCAACGGCGAAGAUACGAAUACAAGGUCUUGUCUUCAAGACCUAG